AGUCGGGACUCCUCGACUUGUCUUGAGCUCAAAUGCACUGUUUGUUGCUGUGGAGGAACAUUAGCCCUCUAUCCACUUACGGGGCUGUUGGAGAGAGAAGCGCAAACUUUUGGUUGUGUUCGGCACUUUAUCUGGUUCGGAGCUGACGCGAACUACUGAGAUUUGAUAGAAAGUUUCCUCUGAAGACAUCAAAGGAUCGCCACCGCUUCUCUUUCUGAGUUUGUUAUUUUUUUUUUCCUCCGCAAAAUGCCUCAGCUCAGUAGCGGCGGCGGGGACGACAUGGGAGCCAACGAUGAGAUGAUCGCUUUCAAGGACGAAGGGGAGCAGGAGGAGAAGAUUCAAGAGAACGCGUUCACAGAGAGAGACCUGGCGGACCUCAAGUCGUCCCUGGUCAACGAGUCCGAGAUCAGUCAGAGUCCCGGCGCAGCGGUGGCCCGACGGGGACAGCAGCCCGAACCGAGGUGCUACGUGGAGAAACACAGAGAGCAUCUCAAUGGAGUAACAAAACAACAAGAUGGCGGCAUGUACAAGACAUCUUACCCGGGCUACCCCUUCCUCAUGCUGCCAGACCCCUACCUGCAGAGCAGCUCCAUGCCACCAUCUGUAAGUCUCCGGCGUAACUUAAACUCUACUGCCAACACACACAAACACAUACACACACACACACAUGCACAGCCCAAGCCAAGUCCACAACAAGUCAAUAUAGAGUUAAUAUACAGUGUUUCCUGUGUAGGAAGUGGCUUGUUGGUGCUCGCGUUGAGUGGGUUUUUGUUGUUGCUGUUGUUUACUGUGUCUUUGAGCGUGUUUCAUAGAAAAUGUUGUGCUUCAUAAAAAAAAAAGUGUGUUAAAUAGGCUAGGUUGAAGUUCUGCUCUGGCAUUAUGAGGUCUCCAGACUCUGUAAGUCAGUAGAAAUCAUAUGUUGGCAUUGUGAUGUUUGGCAUGCAGAGAUCGGCCGAGCCCUGUUUAGGGCUAGAGAGGAGCUUCAGUGGUCUGCUUUGACCGUGUUUCCAAUAACUCCACUUCAGCAGAACUGAAACAAGUCAUUCUGGAGCUACACAUGAACACAGAGGCCUUGUGAACCACCCCUCAGACACUCACCGACCAAACAGUUUGAAUUUUCACAUGAGGCCAAAGUUCAAGUUGACUUCAGACAUUAAGUCUGAAUCUGUAGUCCACUUUGGAAGUUUUGUUAUUCAAUUAUUUGCCCCACUGUUGCUCCUUCACCGUGCUUGCCAGACUUUGAUGGUCGAAAGGUUUGAGUGUGUUUAUAUCUGCUAUCAUUGGUUCAUUAAGACAUGGUCACGUUGAUUCAAUGCCGAUUGAAUGGGACUCGACCAAGUGUUUUCAAUCACAUUCAAAUUGGAAGUAAUAAUUAAAAAAAAUAUUGAGUUUGAGAAAAACAGUUUUCUUUCCAUUUUCAAAGUCAAAUAGAGGAAUGAGCCGUUUCAAGUCUGAAAGGAAGUUAUUGUUGUCUGUUGUUGUGUGUUGUUCACAUUGAGGCUGAAAACAUAGUAACUGAAGCUUACAAAAAUGUUGCAAAAAUGUAAUUGCCUUGUAAAUCUUUCCUUUGACCAUUUUAUAUCCCAGUUAAUACAAGUUCAGUGUUUAUGAGACCUCACAGGUUUUUUAUUUCAUAGAAAGAUAAUUCGUAAAGGAGGGAGGCGUGUGAUCGGUUGAAUUGUGUUUGAAUGGCUGUCAGGAUUAUCCAUGCCAACUUCAUUUAUUUUAUAUUUAACUGCUGGACAUGUGACCGUCAAGCUUGUGUGUGUGUUUGUGUAUGUUUGUGUGCAUGCAUGCAUUUGUGUGUGUGUGUGUGUGUGUGUGUGUGUGUGUGUGUGUGUGUGUGUGUGUGUGUGUGUGUGUGUGUGUGUGUGUGUGUGUGUGUGUGUGUGUGUGUGUGUGGAGUGCAUGUGUGUGUGUGUGUGUGUGUGUUUUUGAUUAUUUAUUGUUUUGACCUUUCUCCAACAACUUUGCAGAAGUAGGCUUGAAUUCAUAAUUUGUUUUUGCGUUUUAUUUUUGGACUAUAAUCAAAUUAUUUUGUCAUAUCAGCUCCACACUUGCCCGCUCCUAACUUUGAGGAGCGUCCCUCACAACAGGGUUAGUUGUUGAGAUUGCCCGAAGGCAAUGUGCGUUGGGACAAAUUGGGAAUCUUUUCUUUAGCAAGAUCCCUCUUUGGAGGACAGCUGUUUGAAGGACAGUUUGUUCACCAACCCCCUUUAGAUAAACAUUUCAAAUUCUAUUUUACACUAGGAAUGAAAUUAUCAUCACAUCUGUCUAUCACUAUUUUUUAUUUAUUUUCAAACCACCACGCUUUAUUUUUAGGAAACCUAAUUUUAAAUGUUUCCACAUUUGUUCGUGUGUGUGUGUGUGUGCACGAGUGUGAGGACGGGGUAGGUGUGGUGGGGAACUCUGGACUUGCAUGCGCACUGCCCAUAUAAUUAGCAUGUUUCAACGCAUGCAACCCUGCUUAUAUCCCAGAGGUUCCUUGUUUUUGUUAAAUCCCAAAGCCUGCGUUUUUAUUUGGUAUGUGGCUAACUAAGAUGUUUGCGGCAAAACGGUAAACCUGUAUUUACGCUUAACAUUAUCCGCCAUGUCUCUGUAGUUAUCCCUGGAUAACAACAACACAUUGUCUCAGGCAAACAUAGUGAACAAGUGUAAUGGCAUGUCUAGCGUAUCGCUGUGUCUCCACAUCACUCAUAUCCUCCUAGCUCUCCUGUCCUCUCCUCUCAAGGACUCCAGCUGAUGGUGUCAGCAAACCCUGACUGGAGUCCAUAUG